UUGUGACUACGGGUCCUUUUGGUCGGUAUAUCUGGAGUCUCAAUGUAUGAAUGUUUACCUGAAGACCAAUUCGAUCUUUCAUUCUUCAAGUUCAGGCAGAAAUGGCAUCUUCUAUGUUAAUAUCAGGUCUUUCUGAAGGAUUCCUUACAUAUCGUGUUUGGUUACUCAGCGGGCGUCGGACGAUCUUGACGUUGGUUUUGUUUUGUCUGGCUCUUGUGCACUUUGUAAGCGGCGAAGUUGCAGCGGGACAGUCUUUAGCUCUGCACAAUCUUGCGAAAUUCGGUAGCGUGAAGAUACCACAUAUUAUCCGCCUCGGAAGCGCCGCCCUCUGUGAUACUAGCUUGGCAAUCUCGUCGUGUUACUUCUUGCGUCAGAAACGCACGGGUUACAGACAAACGGACGAGAUCAUCGACCAUUUAAUAAAGUUUUCUAUUAAUACCGGGCUGCUGACAAGUUUCGCCUCAGUGGCCGGCCUUAUCACGUACCUUGUGGUGCCCAAGACAUGGGUUUACCUCGCUCUGUGUUUCCUGAUCAGUCGGUUAUAUGCAAAUACGUUUUUGUCCUCCUUAAACACCCGUCACAUACUACGAACGGCCCCUGAUGAAGCAGAAGAAUCACCGGCUGUGCCGCGAUUUCGUUCGCGUAUCACUCCACGGGCUUUGAUUGCCAGGGAAAGGUGAUUCCUUUAAAGAUGGGGGCCUCGAAUGCCAAGAUCCCAUUCCAAGCAUUCCGGGAGCUUGAAUCAUUAUUAAUUUAGAAAUACAGAUCCGUAAUUUACUCGAACAUCACAUGCGUGAAACACCGCGUUCCGAGGAUUUCUCUUCACGGACAGAGAAGGCUCGAUAAGAUCGUCGUUAGGAACGAAGCGCCGAGUGUACAGAACAAUCAUGUGCCUAACGGUUGCACAUUACACUAGGAAAAUAGGACUUGUUGUAGUCUGGAAAGCCGCCUCAUAACUACCCGUGGAACUCGUACCUUUAUUCAAUCUCGGAUCAUUUCACAAAUAAUAUGGUAACUGGAGCAAACUUAGAAAUAUUGGACUCUCUUCGUAUGUCAUUUUUUCAGUGAGUCUGUUCCAAAGAGUACCAUAAAUUCAGCUUGUG